GAUUUUUCUCUGGCCGUCUCGUGUCUUGACCAGCGACCACCACCAUCCCCCUCUGCGCCCACCCCUCGUCCUUCACCUCUAUCCUCUCCUUGCACACACUACCAUCGAGUUCAGGUCGCAACUCGUUCUAUGGCCGCUGACUGCGAUUCCACACCUCCUGUCUUACAGAACAUUGACACUGAAUUCGAAAACUAUGCUUCGAAUGGCUUCGAGGAAGUACUGCGCGACCCUUCGUCGUGGGCAGGCUCCCUGCCCGCUAGUCAGGGUCUGUACCAGAACGAGUACGAGAAGGAUGCCUGUGGUGUAGGCUUUAUCUGUCACAUUAAGGGCGAGCAGUCGCACAAGAUCGUCUCCGAUGCUCGUCAGCUCCUGUGUGCGAUGACCCACCGUGGGGCCACUGGAGCUGACAGUCGGGAUGGUGAUGGUGCUGGAGUUAUGACUGGCCUUCCACACCUCUUCUUCAAGCGUGAAGCUGAGCGGGACAUCGGAUGCGAGCUCCCCGAGCCAGGCCAGUACGCGGUCGGCAACAUCUUCUUCAAGAAAAACGACCCUGUUGGUCUGCAGAGGCAGCAGGCUGUCUUCUCCAAGCUCGCGAGCGAGCACGGCCUCCGCGUGCUUGGCUGGAGAGAGGUGCCCACGGACGGCACCAUCCUUGGUCCCGCUGCCGCUAGCAAGGAGCCCGCCAUACUGCAGCCUUUCAUCGUCCUCCGCUCAUCCUACGGUGAGGGAAAUGCUCCUCGCGGCGGCGCGUUCGAUUCCAAGUACUUCGAACGCCAUUUGUACAUUCUUCGCAAGAGCGCUACCCAUAGCAUUACGCUUGCGAAAGGAUUCUACGUUUGCUCUCUUUCUUCGAAGAACAUCGUGUACAAGGGUCAACUUUCCCCUCCUCAAGUGUACAACUACUACCACGACCUCAACCAUGUGUUAUAUCGCUCUCAUUUUGCUCUUGUGCACUCUCGAUUCUCUACGAACACCUUUCCCAGCUGGGACCGCGCUCAACCUAUGCGGUGGGCUGCUCACAACGGUGAGAUCAACACCGUCAGGGGAAAUAAGAACUGGAUGCGCGCCCGCGAAGGCGUGCUCUCAUCUUCGCUCUUCGGUGACCAGCUGGAUCUCCUAUACCCCAUCGUUGAGUCCGGCGGGUCCGAUUCUGCUGCCUUCGACAACGUUCUUGAGCUGCUUGUCGUCAAUGGCGUCUUGACCCUUCCUGAGGCUGUCAUGAUACUCAUUCCCGAGGCGUGGCAGAGUAACGAACACAUGGAACCCGAAAAGAGGGCCUUCUAUAAGUGGGCCGCUUGUCUUCAGGAGCCUUGGGACGGGCCCGCGCUCUUCGCGUUCAGUGACGGUCGUUACUGUGGUGCCAACUUGGACCGCAACGGUCUUCGUCCGUGUCGCUAUGUUGUCACCAACGAGGAUAUCAUGGUUUGCGCCUCUGAGGUCGGCGUAGUCUACAUCCCUCCCGAGAAGAUCGUCGCAAAGGGUCGUCUCAAGCCUGGCCGUAUGUUGCUCGUUGACACCGAGGAGGGACGCAUCGUUGACGACAAGGUGCUCAAGAGGAACACCGCGUGUAAGCAGAACUUUGCUUCGUGGAUCGAGACCCACAUGCUCGAGGUUCCCACCAUCGUGAAACGCGUCAUGCGCACUCAGUCUGUCGCCCCUACCGUUGACGAGUACACUCUUAGCACCGACCCGAAGCUCCUCGCAUUCGGCUACACCGUCGAGCAGCUCAACCUGCUCAUGCUUCCCAUGGCCACGGACGGCAAGGAGGCCCUCGGUUCCAUGGGUAAUGACGCGCCCUUGGCCUGCAUGUCCACCCAGCCCCGUCUCAUCUACGACUACUUCCGUCAACUCUUUGCGCAGGUCACGAACCCGCCCAUCGACCCCAUUCGUGAGGCGAUCGUCAUGUCGCUCGAAGCCUAUGUCGGUCCCGAGGGUAACCUGCUCGAGAUGAAGCCUGAGCAGUGUCACCGCAUUCUCCUCAAAUCUCCCAUCCUUUCGAUGGAGGAGAUGAACGCGAUGAAAGCGCUCAAAUACGCGUACACAACCUGGCCAUCGCGCAUCAUCGACAUUACCUUCCCCAAGGAGCAAGGCCUUCCCGGCUACAAGCUCUGCCUUGAGCGCGUCCAAAGCGAGGCUAUGCAAGCCAUCGAGGACGGUGUGAAGGUCAUUAUCCUUUCUGAUCGCGAGACUGGUCCGAGUCGCCUUCCUCUGUCCGCUCUCGUCGCUUGCGGUGGUGUGCACCACCAUCUCGUCGCCCAGAAGAAGCGUGCCAAAGUUGCCCUCAUGGUCGAGACGGGCGAGGCUCGCGAAGUCCAACACCUGUGCGUUCUUCUGGGUUACGGUGCCGACGCCAUCUGCCCGUGGUUAUUCAUGGAGUCCAUCCACAAGAUCGUUCGCGAGGGCCUGGUCAAGAACGGGGAGACCGUCGAACAGCUCACUGAUAACUACCGCCAUUCCAUCGACGGCGGCAUUCUGAAGGUCAUGUCCAAAAUGGGCAUAUCGACUCUGCCCUCGUACAAGGGUGCUCAGAUUUUCGAGGCGCUUGGCCUUCACGCCGAGGUCAUCGAGAGCUGCUUCGCUGGUACGGCCAGCCGUGUCCAGGGUGCGACCUUCGACCUUCUGGCCAUGGACGCUUUCGAGACGCACGAGCGUGGCUGGCCUUCUCGUGAGACCAUCUUGCCUCCCGGCAUGCCCGAGUCCGGCGAGUAUCACUGGCGCUCCGGUGGUGAAGCCCACAUCAACGACCCAUCAGGCAUUGCCUAUCUUCAGGACGCCGUGCGCGAGAAGAAUCAGCAAGCCUACGAUGCGUACGCGAAGAACGCUAAUGAGCAGGCGCAGGCCGUCCACCUCCGUGGUCUCCUUGACUUCCGCCUCGAGAACGCGACCCCCAUUCCUAUAGAGCAAGUUGAGCCGUGGAAUGAGAUUGUCCGGCGUUUCGUCACCGGCGCCAUGUCAUACGGCUCUAUCUCCAUGGAGGCGCACUCUACUCUCGCCAUCGCGAUGAACCGUCUUGGUGGCAAGUCAAACACUGGCGAGGGUGGUGAGGAUGCCGAGCGCUCUCAAGUUCUGCCUAAUGGCGACACCAUGCGCUCUGCCAUCAAGCAGGUCGCGUCCGGUCGCUUUGGUGUCACCUCAAACUACCUCGCGGAUGCCGAUGAACUGCAGAUCAAAAUGGCCCAGGGUGCGAAGCCUGGCGAGGGUGGUGAACUGCCCGGUCACAAAGUCUCCGCUUCUAUUGCGCGCACUCGUCACUCGACCACCGGUGUCGGUCUCAUUUCUCCCCCGCCUCAUCACGACAUUUACUCCAUCGAGGACUUAAAGCAGCUCAUCUAUGAUCUCAAGUGCGCCAACCCUCGCUCGCGUGUUUCCGUCAAGCUCGUCUCCGAAGUCGGUGUCGGUAUUGUUGCCAGCGGUGUCGCCAAGGCGAAGGCCGACCACAUUCUCAUCUCCGGGCAUGACGGCGGUACCGGUGCUUCUCGCUGGACUGGCAUCAAGCACGCCGGUCUACCAUGGGAGCUCGGUCUUGCUGAGACCCACCAAACACUCGUACUGAACGACCUCCGUGGUCGCGUCACUGUACAGACUGACGGUCAGGUCCGUACCGGUCGUGAUAUCGCUAUCGCUUGCAUGCUUGGCGCCGAAGAGUGGGGCUUCGCGACGACCCCUCUGAUUGCCAUGGGCUGUAUCAUGAUGAGGAAGUGUCAUCUGAACACUUGCCCUGUUGGUAUCGCCACCCAGGACCCUCAACUUCGUGCUAAGUUUGCUGGCCAACCCGAACAAGUCAUCAAUUUCUUCUACUAUGUUGCAGAGGAUUUGCGUGCCGUUAUGGCCAAGCUCGGUUUCCGUACCAUCAACGAGAUGGUUGGCCGUGCUGACAUGCUCAAAGUUGACGAGAAGCGCCGCACUCCGAAGACCGCACACCUCGAUCUCUCGGCUGUCCUCAAGCCUGCUUGGCAGAUGCGCCCCGGAGCCGCCACCUAUCGCGUUCGUGCUCAGGAUCACAAGUUGUACAUCCGCCUCGACAAUAAGUUCAUCGAUGAGGCCGAGCCUGCACUCACCAAGGGAUUGCCCGUCCACGUCGAGUGCGGUGUCACAAACACCGAUCGUGCGCUCGGUACAUCUCUGUCGUACCGUGUCUCGAAGAUGUACGGCGAAGAAGGUCUGCCGAAGGACACUAUCCAUAUCAGGGUGACUGGUUCCGCUGGUCAGUCGCUCGGCGCGUUCCUUGCGCCCGGUAUCACCAUCGAACUCGAGGGUGACGCGAAUGACUACGUCGGCAAGGGUCUUUCUGGCGGCCGCCUCAUCGUCUACCCGCCGAAGCAGUCGAAGUUCAAGGCCGAGGAGAACAUCAUCAUCGGUAAUGUCUGUCUCUACGGCGCGACGUCGGGUGAGGCCUUCAUCCGUGGUGUCGCUGCUGAACGGUUCGCGGUACGCAACUCUGGCGCGAAUGCUGUCGUUGAGGGUACCGGUGAUCAUGCCUGCGAGUACAUGACGGGUGGUCGCGUUGUUGUUCUUGGCAGCACUGGCCGCAACUUCGCUGCCGGUAUGAGCGGCGGCAUCGCGUACGUCCUCGACAUGGCCCACACGUUCCACGCGAAAGUCAACCAGGAAAUGGUCGAGCUCGGCAAAGUAAAAGACCCCAGGGAGAUCGCGGAAUUGCGCCAGCUCAUUGAGGACCACCGUCAUUACACUAACUCGGAAGUCGCUGACCGCGUCCUCCACGACUUCCAUCAUUUACUGCCGCUCUUCGUCCGCGUCAUGCCUCAUGACUACAAGCGUGUACUAGAAGAGGGCGCGGCGCGUGCCCGGGAGGAGAAGCUGCGCCACAGCGCCAUCGACCUGGUCCCGUCGCGCACCGCCAGCCAAGUCGACCUUGCUUCAGAGGGUAUCCAGGACGUCCUCCUUCCUAAGAAGGAGUCUGCUAUGUUAAUUUCGAAGGACAACAGCAGGGCGUCUUCGAAAGCGCGCCAUGAACCCUCUGUCGCCGAUCUCGAAGACUCCCUCGUCGACGACAUUACCACCAAGCAGCGCAUGAAGAAGCUCGACAAGACGCGCGGUUUCAUGAAAUACAAGCGUCUCACGGAGGCAUACCGUCCGCCUCGCAAGCGUGUCAAGGACUGGAAGGAGAUCUCUACCCGUCUGACCGAGUCUGAGCUGUCGUACCAAUCUGCUCGGUGCAUGGACUGUGGCGUCCCAUUCUGCCAGUCCGAUACCGGAUGCCCUAUCUCAAACGUCAUCCCAAAAUGGAACGACCUCGUUUUCAAGGGCCAGUGGCAAGACGCCCUCAACCGUCUCCUCCUGACCAAUAACUUCCCCGAGUUUACUGGUCGUGUGUGCCCGGCCCCUUGCGAAGGUGCAUGUGUCUUGGGUAUCAACGAGCAGCCCGUCGGCAUCAAGAGUAUCGAGUGCGCCAUCAUCGACAAGGGCUUCGAGAUGGGCUGGAUGGCUCCCAAUCCUCCAAAGGUCCGCACUGGUCGCAAGGUCGCCAUCAUUGGCUCCGGCCCUGCUGGUUUGGCAUGUGCCGAUCAGCUCAACAAGGCCGGCCACACGGUUACUGUCUACGACCGGAAUGAUCGUAUUGGUGGACUGCUCAUGUACGGUAUUCCGAACAUGAAGCUUGACAAAAGCAUCGUCCAGCGUCGCGCCGACCUCAUGGCCGCGGAGGGCAUUACAUUCAACACGAACGCCCACGUUGGUAAGGAUGUAGAUGCCGACCAGAUUCGCGUGGAGAACGAUGCUGUCGUGAUCUCUACUGGCGCGACAUGGCCUCGCGACCUCAAGAUCCCGAACCGUGACGCAGACGGUAUCCACUUCGCGAUGGAGUUCCUGCAGAUGAAUACGAAGUCGCUUCUUGACUCUGAGCAUCAGGAUAACAACUACAUCAACGCGAAAGGCAAGGACGUCAUCGUCAUCGGCGGUGGUGACACCGGCAACGACUGUAUCGGUACCUCCAUGCGUCACGGUGCGAGGUCUGUCACCAACUUCGAGCUUCUGCCGAGGCCCCCUGCUGGCCGUGGACGCGAUAACCCUUGGCCGCAAUGGCCCAGGAUCUUCCGUACCGACUAUGGUCACACAGAAGUUGCCGCUCACUUUGGAAACGACCCACGCGAGUACUCCAUCUCGACCAAGGAGUUCGUUAUCGAUGAGGAAGGCAAGCUCAAGGGUGUCAACACUGUUCGUGUCGAGUGGACCAAGGAUAGCGGCGGACGCUGGAAGAUGGAAGAGGUCCCUGGUUCGGAGAAGUUCUUCCCUGCCCAGCUGAUCUUCCUCGCUUUGGGUUUCUUGGGUCCCGAAAACGCGGUGAUCAAGCAGCUAGGCGUCAAGCAGGAUGCUCGCACGAACAUCCAGACUCCUGGCUCCAAGAAGUACUCCACCAAUGUUGAGGGAGUCUUCGCCGCUGGUGAUUGUCGCCGCGGCCAGUCGCUCAUCGUCUGGGGUAUCAACGAGGGUCGUAGCGCUGCCGCUGAGAUCGACGAGUGGCUCAGCAAUGGCCAGACUCGCCUGCCCUUCGACGGUGGCAUCAAGAAGAGGAACUUGAUUCCUCCCUCGAGCUCGCUCUCGAAAACCUCGCAGGUCAUCGACGUCCAGGCUUAGACUCAUCAUGCUAUCUGCGUAGAGGCCGCCAAAAUGUAGUUUAGGAUUUUAUGGCUUGUUUGUAUACUUUCGCUGGUCGCAACGUGUCCUGGAUUACAAAUGCGAUGUAUCAUAUGUUGUAUCGGUGUAGAUCUCAUGCUAUGCUACUGCGCUAUUUUCAUUCCGACCUGCUCGGCGGUGGUACUUGCACAAGCGCUGGCCGGGGACGCAAGUCCGGGUGGACACGUUGCCUGUACUGCGAGCGCGAAGCCUGUUUUGUAUAGGAUAGUUCGGUAGCGCAUAGCAUCUGCCAUACUUUCGCAGCAGACCCUUGCUACAAACACGGCUUUGCCUCGGAAGUGGCACCAGCGAUUAACUGCUGCCUGACUCGACUGCUGCUUGACCCGCAGGCUCGCCGAGCGAUAGGGUUAC